AUGGGGACCAUGGGGGAGAUCACAUACACCAAGGUCUCCUUCACCCGAUUCAUGGGCCUUAUCUACCUAAUGGCCUUCAGCUCCCUCUAUUUCCAAGUUCCAGCAAGUGAAGACUGUCCACUCCGUGGUGGGAAUUUGAUCAGCCCAUCCCUUUGCAUUGCACCACUCUUCUUCCUCCUCUGGCUGUUAUACUUGUCUGUUUAUAAAGUGGGCCAGGUCUUCCUGCACUUCCAAUGGGAUAUUCUACUGCUGGAGGUUGGGCUGCUGACAGCAAUUGUGGCAGCAUGGACUCCACGUGGCGUGUUCCGCUCUAACCCAUGGGACAGGGUGAACAUGUGGCUCGUCCGAUGGCUCCUUUUCCGCCUCAUGUUCGCUGCAGGCGUGGUGAAACUCCAGAGUGGAUGUCCCACUUGGUGGGGACUCACUGCCCUGAAUUACCACUAUGAGAGCCAAUGUAUUCCCACACCAUUGGCCUGGUAUGCACAUCAGUUGCCAGACUGGAUGCAGAAACUGUCCGUCGUAGGGACAUUUCUCAUAGAGAUCCCCAUCCCACUACUCUUCUUUGCUCCUGUCCGAUCCCUCCGCAUCUUUGCCUUCUAUUCCCAGGUUUUGCUCCAGGUUGCCAUCAUCCUAACAGGAAACUACAACUUCUUCAAUGUCCUCACCUUAGUCCUCUGUUUAUCCUUGGUUGAUGAUGAAUGGCUCCUGAGAAUCAAAGCCAAGGGACCAUCUGAGGCCUUUCUGUGGCGAAUGGCAAAGCUGAUCAUGAUCCUUGUGUGCAUCGGGGGAUUGGUGUACAUUGCCGUUGUCUUCUUCUCUGUAUCUUUUGUCAAUGGCAUCAUCUUCACCAAAAUCACCUUCACUGAGGAAGAGUUUGGGAGCUUGAUUGAGCAGUCGUUUCCACUUCUCCUGAUUGUGGGUGGCAUUCAUCUGGCCUGGACCAUCUUGCAUGCCCUCAAGAUCGCCUGGCUCCCAUCACGUAACAAAGGAUUCCGACGCAUCCUUCGCAAAGCUUAUCAUGCUACCUGGUGCCUUGUCUACUGCCUCAUUGCCAUCUUCCUCUUUGGCAUCUCCUGUGUCCCAUUCUCAGUGCUGCAUCGACCAACACAGCUGAACCUGCCCAAGCCUUUCCAGGAUUGGUACCUGAUGACACAGCCAUGGGAUGUGUCUCAUUCAUAUGGGCUGUUUCGUACCAUGACUGGUGUUGGUGGACGUCCCGAGAUCACCAUUGAGGGCAGUGACUCAGAAACUGGCCCAUGGAGGGAGAUCCAUUUCAAAUACAAGCCAGGGGAUCUUAUGGCCAUGCCCCCCUUCGUCGCACCACAUCAGCCCAGAUUGGACUGGCAGAUGUGGUUUGCAGCCUUGUCUUCUUAUCAAUCUAACCCCUGGUUUGUGGUGUUUGUCCACCGGCUCUUGGAGGGUGAGCCGAGCGUGUUGAAGCUCCUGGAUGAGAAGAAAUAUCCCUUCAAGCACAGCCCCCCCAAGUUUAUCCGUGCCACCUCCUGGCUAUAUCACUACACCAGUUGGAAGCAAAAGCUUCAGCCUCAAUGGUGGAAGCGGGACACCAAGUCGGAGUACUUUCCCCCCAUCAAAGCCGGCGAUAAAACCCUCGUCAAGUUACUGAAGCAAGAGGGGUUAUCGGGCGACCCCGACCCGCGGUCGGCGAAGACGAACCCGCUGAUCCCGCGAUACCUGGCCCUCAUCCGGCUCUACCUGGAGUCGUUCGAGCCGCACCUGUUCGUCUGGAUCCUCGUCCUCACGGGGCUCCUCCUCAAUGCCACCAAUAAGACCUUCAUUGGGAAGCGCAGGUGAAUGCUCCGCUGGGCAUGGCUGGAUUUUGUCACUGAUUUUAUGCUCCUCGUGUGCCAUUGCCAUAAUUGAAUUCUCUGACAUUUCCUCUUGCACCUUUGAAUCGAGUCGAGGUGCUGUAAUGGACGACUGAUCUUGAAUCUCUGUUCGUGUCUGUAAAAUCACGUCGAAAUUUUGAAUCACAACUGUGAUCAAUACGAUAAUAAUGGUCAUGCUGAGUGGUUUAUUAUUAUCGGCUUUUGCUAUACGUGAAAUCUUGAUCAUGGGUUCAUUCAAACUCAUUAAACUGAUUGCUGCAACCACACUACAAUAUUUCAUCGUGCACAUCAUUAUGACUUAUUAAAAUAGAAAAAGAAAAUCAAGGGAUUUUUUCGUUUUUUUUGCUAAGUUUUUCCCAAUAAGCCAGUAAAGAAUUAGAGCUCGUUAUUUUGAUUAGCAUUAAUUUUUCUGUCCCUGAUUACUUAUCUGCAGAAACUAGACCCACCUAAGGAAUGAAGCAAGGCAGUAAUUUUCACUAAGUGCCAGAAAGGCUGGAGUAAAGACAUUCAAUACAGAAAGAUGCACACUAAAGUGGAAUUGAAUAAAUUAUACAGGUUUUUUUUGUUGCCAUUAAUAAGUCCUCUUUCUAUGGGUUUUAUUAUGGGUUUUUUGUGUAAAGAUUUUUUUUUCUGAAGUGGACUAUAUUUGAUGAGCAGUGCUUGCCAAUGACUAUGGUGUAAAAAAAAAAAAAAUUCAAUGGAGCCAAGACAAACCAAUUGUUGAAUUUGCUCCUAGUGAUGCCUCCAUGUUAACCUAACCCCACCCAGAGACGAUGUCUGCAUCCUGGAUCUCCCCAUGUUUUCCUAGUGGUACUUGUUGGCCGUAUCUCCAUCUCUGUACCCAGAUGAAUCUUGUCUUCUGAUUCCCAUCUGAAUCCACUCCCAUUGACAGCCUGAUCCCAAACCCCAUUUCCCCUCGUGUUCACUCUAUGCAUGAAUUUGUUUCACGUUGGUGCUGAAUUGCUGCAUGUUUCACAAGUCAUUCCUCCAUCUUAGGUUUCCUUUUUGCUGUCAUAGUAUUCAAAUGUCAUUCUUUAAGGACAAAAUGAGCUUUGUAUGACACAGUAUGACAUCCAUUCUGCAUCAAGGGAGUAUUCAGCCUCUAGCUUUCCCACAGUCUAAUCUGUGAAUUUUCACCUUACUUUGAAUCAUGACUUACAUGAGUUGGAUGUAAAUUUUUUAUAUUUUGCAGGGUGUAAGAUUUUUUUCUCCAAUGAGAACACUCCGUAACUUCGUUCAGGUCAAAACCCUAUUUUGGCUAUGUUUUCUGAAAAAUAUUACAGAAUUUGUCUGUGAGUGAGCACAAUGAAAAAAAUAAAGGCCUGUGAUGCCACCGGAAUCUGAAUUGCCGGAGUGAUCUCAAUCCAAGGAGACAAUGAGUGUGCUUGUUUGUUCCCAUAUGCAAAUAAAAGGGUUGUUUUUGUUGUUAACCUUUUUGCAUUCAGUAUAUCAUAGUAAGAAGGCAUGAAUAUCAAUAAUGAGGAAAAUUGAGAUGAAUGAAUUGAUGAUAGAUACAUAUGGUGUGUUGCCAAUAAUCAGGAGAACAUGGAAUUAUGUAGUGCUUCCACAUCCUCUGCCCUUUGCUUGCUUCUUGCCUGCAUGAAAGAAACAUCAAAAACUCCAUCAAAACCAUAAGAUGCCAUAAAAUAGCCAGCACAAAAAAUACCUUCUGUCGUUUGUAUUCCUCAUAGUCGGCAUCAUCUGUGGGCAGCUCGUGUCGGCACAAGGGACAGGAAUUGGUCUGUUGAGAAUUCCCAUUGAGAACUGUUUCUCAACCAUUGUUAAGAAGUCAAACCAAAUUACUGCUGCUUCUCACCUUGUUAAGCCAGAGAGUGACACAAGAUUUAUGAAAGGUGUGUUUGCACGGCAGAGUAGCCCCUACUUCAUCCUCAUCGUCUGAAUACGGUUUCAGGCAGAUGGGACACGGCUCUCCUACGUGUAGAAGGAAGCA